AUGAACAAUAAUAAUAAUAAUAAUUGUAAUAUAAAUAGUAAUAAUAAUAAUGAAAAAAAUUUACCAAUUAUAGUAAUUAAAAAAAUUCUAAAUUAUUUAAUUUAUAAAGAUUAUAAUUAUAUAAAAAAGUUAUUUUUUAUUUCAAAAAAUUUACAAACAUUUAUAAUUAAUCAAAUUAUUUUUUUUGGUUUUGAUAAUUUAAAAUCAUUAAAAUCAUUUUCAAAUAAUAAUGAUAAUAGUAAAAGUAAACAACUAUUAGAAGAAAUUGAAAAAAUUGAAAUUAAAGAUCAAUUAAUAAAAUCAUUUAAUAUGGAAACUUAUUUAAAUUUUAAAAAUUUAAAAGAAUGGAAAUUAACAUAUACAAUUGGUAUUAAACAUAAACAAAUUCCAAAUAGAAUUGAAUGCGAAUCAAUUGAACAAGUUUCAAAUAAUUUAUUAAAAUCAAAUAAAUUUAAAAUUUCAUAUACUACAAAUGAUUAUUACUAUUUUAAAAAUCAUUUCAAUACAAGCAAUUGUUUUAAUGUUUUAAAGAAAAUUAAAUUAAAAAGUUUUUCAAUUGAUAUCGAUACACUAAAUACAAUUUUAAAUAAUUCAAUUCAUUUAGAAUCUUUAGAAAUUAUAUUAUACUUUAACCCAGCUAUGAAUUUUCAAUUUUUUGGAGGUAAUCAAUUUUAUAAUACUUUAGAACAUGAGAGAAAAUUCAAAAAACUUGAAUCUUUACUAUCUUCUUCUUCUUCUCAUUUAGUUGAUAAUAAUUUAAAAAAUUCAUUAAAAUCAUUUUCAAUUGAAAUUGAACAAAAUCAUUCAAAACUAAACUAUGAUAAUAAUUAUAAAAGUUUUUGUUCAAAAACUAUACCAAAUAUUUUAAAAUCACCAUUUCAAAAUAUUAGUAAAAUCUAUUUUAAAGAUAUUAAUUUCAAUGGAUCAUCAUUGAAUUUUUUUUCAUCGUUAUCAAGAGAUAAUAUCACAAAAUUGAAAUUAGUUAAUUGUUUUCAUGAUGGCGAUGGUGGUGGUAGUGAUAAUAGUGAAGAUUCAUUCAAUUAUCUUUUAAAUUACUUGAAUGAAAAUCAAAAUUUAAAAAGAUUAUCAAUUAGUUAUAAUAAUUUCAUUGAUAAGGAAAAUAAAUUGGCAGCAAUUUUAAAAACUCAUAAAUCAUUAUCAAAAAUUGAUAUCUCUUAUACUGCUAUUCAAUUGAAUCCAUUACUAAAUUCAAUAAUUUAUAAUCAAUGGAAAUUUAUUAAAUUAACAAUUUCUGGUAAUAGUAAUCCAUCAAUAUUCUUUAGUAGUAUACAUUCAAUUGAAACACUUGAUUUAUUAAGUAAACUUUUAAUUACUCCAAUAAAUAGUUUCAAUAGUUUAGUUAUUAAAUAUAGAUUCCCACUUGGUGAGACAAGAUUCCUAUCAAAAGAAUUUAUUGAAAAAUUAUUGUUAUUAUAA